AGCAGUUGAUAAAAUAGGAUUAAAAACAGUAAUAAUAAAUAGCUGUGUGGAAAUUCAUGAAUAUUGAGCUGAUUUUUGCUAAAAAUGUAAGUUGAAUAAAGAGGUACUUUUGUUGUAUAAUUUGAGUAUAGACGCUUUUAUUUUGAAACGCUGUGAUUUUCGUGAUACUCUCUUGCUCGUUUCCUUUGCAAUAUAGUAAAGACGUAGAGCAGUGAAGAACAGCAAUUUGGAUCUGCGCCAUGUUCAGCUAUCUUUGUAAGCCUUUAACUUUAGAAAAGAGUUGAAAUAGUUGACAAAAAAAUCGCUAAACUUUCAGGAAGGAAUCUGCAGUAGUUAAACUGACAACCUGUGGAUGCUGUUUGAUGACCAGAACAAUUUUUUUUUCGUCGCGUUUUCUUUGUUAAACCCUGUCUCGGAAAGCGAAUGUUCAUUCCUUGCGUUAAUGAAGUGUUAACGAUUAGUAGCACUCUUGCCGUAGUAGUUUAUGCAUACUCUUGAAGAAAUACUUUAAAUGUUACUUUAAAAUUAAAAUGCGAAGUGUAUAUGUUGAUUGUAUGUUUAUCGCAAGAGGUAAAAGGUGUUUUAUUUGAAGUACAUUUGGCUUGAAACAAGCUCUUAAUCAACUUAGAAAGGAAACAGUUUAAACAUGUAAUAAUUGGAAGUGUUAUGUUUAUGUGCAAAACGUGUAUGAGUUGCAGUGCAAGGUGUUUAUUCAAUUUAAUUUAUGUAUAUGUGUGUAGGUAAUUUUGUAUUGGUUGUUCAUUCAGUUACAAUACAACAGUUCAACUGUAUCAUAUCAGUGUGUGUUUGGUCAUUGCACUUUGACUUUGCUCCUAGAUGGACCUAGAAUAUGCAAGGUGUACACACCCAGUAGUGGGUUAUAUUAAGUUGAUGAGGCCUAGUUUUGGUGUAACACAGCUCAGUGUCACUCAGUCUGAAGUCAGUAACAGGUUUUAAAUCCUGAUUUGAAUAUUGGCAGCCAUUUUGAUUACAUUGAAACUACAGAUUGUGAUUUCAAUUAAAAACAUGUGGAGGGAAAAUGGAAUGGAACUGUAUAGUUCAAAGCAACAUAGCAUAGAAUCUUCAUGGCUCAAAGGAUCAAAGGAUCAAAGGAAAAUUCCAUUCUACGGUCCCUAUAUAAGCAGCAGCUCUUCAGAUCAUUUCAAACCCUUCAACAGGUGACCACUGCGAAAACGUGCCACACAACGCAAGACAAUCUUCCUGAGCAGACACUAUUACAGAAGGCAUCUGUUCAUUGGAAACAAAGUGCUACUGUAAACCACAACCAAAGAAAAUGCAACAAGAUAGGAAAGCAAGAGAGACUCCUGAACCAAGCUUCACAGACAGAUCAUCCAACAGCCGUCAAAACCUCUCAAUGGAGUGCCCUGCACCUCGUCAAGAAACUGAAGAGCUGAAAGACGCUUUGGCUAAAGAGAAAGCCCUCUGUUCAGAUCAACAGAACAUCAUAAAAGAACUUAGGAAGCAGCUGGAUGAGACAAAGAAAGAGUUGAAGAGACAGAAAUCCCUGAAAGAAACGUUUAUCAUCAAGGCAAAAGAGACAAACAGAGACAUGGAGAGGCUGAAAAAACACUGUGAUCCUCACACUCUCAGAACUGCAAAUAUUGCCGAUCCGAGUGAAACCACCAGGGAAAAGAAAAAGAGAGUCCUCCACAAUGAUUAUGAAAAACUGCAAAUGGCUUAUAUUAUCAGAAAGGAGAAGUUCACAGCUGAGCUCCAGGCAGAGAAGGAGAAGAACCAGUUUCUCCAAGCACAACUAGACACAAGCAGCGCUAUAUACCAUGAUCUCCACAAAAUGUAUCAAAAUGAUGCCAACAAGGCCAGAGAAAUGGCUAACGUGCUUCGGUGUGAACUUGAGAAGGAGUACCAGCAAAGGAUGAUCCUUCUAAAGUACCAUGAGGAGCUGCAAGAGAAAUACAGACACAGCCAGGAAACACUCACUGCUGAGCUUCAGGCGGAGAGGGAAAAGAAAAUACUUCUCCAGCAAGAACUGGACAGCAUGAAAGUUUCCUACCGUGAGGACCAACUAAGGUAUGAAGUCUCCAAUGUCAGACAGCAGGCUGGUACCCUCCAGGGUGAGCCUGAGAAGGAGACCCAACAGAAGACAGUCCUGCUGAAAGAAUAUGAGGAGCUGAAAGCGGCACACAUGCACAGCCAGGAGACGUCCUCAGCUGAGCUUCAGGAGCAGAAGGAGAAAAACAAGCUUUUCCAAGAAGAACUGAAGAGGAUCAGUGUUUCAUACCUAGAGAUCAGUCAAAGGUAUGAAACAGAUAUCCUCGCUGCCAGACAGCAAGCUGACACCCUUCAGUGCCAGCUUGACAGAGAAAUUGAGGCACACACAGAAAGCCUUUCACAAAGUUUUAACACAAUCAAGAAGCUGAAGACUGCCCUCUGUCAAAAGGUGGUGGAGGAGACCAACAAAAUGGAGCAGGAAGAGUCACCUUAUAAGAGAGAGCUGGAGAGGCUGAAAGCUAAGCUCAGUGAGCAGAUCUCACACAACAAAAACCUUUCCACUGAGCUCGAGGCCGAGAGGAAAGACGACCCGCCUCCAAGAAAUAUGGCCUGGCCUGAGGAGAAGCAUGAGGAUGAGCCCGGCCCUGCACCUGCUGUGGACCCACCAAAAGAAGUUGAAGUCACUGAGGAGCUGCCGAACAAUCAACAGGCAUCCACCUCUGAUGCACCAGAACUCGAACAUCAGCCUCCACCAGACCUGCCUCCAAGAAAUACGGCCAGGCAGGAGGAGAAUUGUGAGGAUGAGCCCGGCCCUGCACCUGCUGUGGACCCACCAAAAGAAGUUGAAGUCACUGAGGAGCUGCCGAACAAUCAACAGGCAUCCAUCUCUGAUGCACCAGAACUCGAACAUCAGCCUCCACCAGACCUGCCUCCAAGAAAUACGGCCAGGCAGGAGGAGAAUUGUGAGGAUGAGCCCGGCCCUGCACCUGCUGUGGACCCACCGAGUGAAGCUGAUGACCCUGACCCUGAGUCUGAUGCAUCAGACCUUGAACACCAGGAGGAGGCUGAGAUCUCCGAGGAGACUCCCCAACCAAAGACGCCUUCCUUCUGGAAAAGAACGCGUCACGUCCUCGGCUUGAGGAAACCACAAAAGUGGAAAAAUACGAACUAGGACUUCCAAAAACACCAUCAUCCACCAACAUCAAAA